AUGGCAUCCCUCUGGCUCCUCACCCUCCUGGCCGCCCUCGGUGCUGCUGCUGGCUGUGGCAUUCCUGCCAUCCAGCCCACGCUCAGUGGCUAUGCCCGCAUCGUCAAUGGUGAGGAGGCAGUGCCUGGAUCGUGGCCGUGGCAAGUCUCCUUGCAGGACAGCACCGGCUUCCACUUCUGCGGAGGGUCCCUGAUCAGCGAGGACUGGGUGGUCACUGCUGCCCACUGCAACGUCAGGACAAGUCACCUGGUGGUGUUGGGUGAAUUUGACCAGCGCCAUCCUGGAGAAGAUGUUCAAAUCGUAAAGAUUGCCCAGGUCUUCAAGAACCCCAAGUACAACAUGUUCACCAUCCGCAACGACAUCACGCUGCUCAAACUUGCCACCCCGGUGAAGCUAAGGAGACAGGUGUCCCCUGUGUGUCUGCCCAAGGCCACGGAUGUCUUUCCAGAAGGCAUGACCUGCGUCACCACCGGCUGGGGCCUGACCAACCCCACUGACAAAUAUACUCCGGAUAAGCUGCAGCAAGUGGCUCUUCCCCUCUUGUCCAACGAGGGGUGCAAGAAAUACUGGGGCAACCGCAUUGCAGACGUCAUGAUCUGUGCCGGAGCUGCUGGAGCCUCUUCUUGCAUGGGUGACUCCGGUGGGCCCCUGGUGUGCCAGAAGGACGGCGUCUGGAAACUGGUUGGGAUUGUGUCCUGGGGAAGCAGCCGCUGCUCCCCAUCCAUCCCCGGGGUCUAUGCCCGUGUCACGGAGCUCCUUCCUUUCAUCCAGGAGGUGCUUGCCAAGAACUAA